GGGCGGCGACCGCCGGCGGCGGGGCCCGAGGAUGAGGUGGCGGCUGUUGUGGCUCCUGUGCGCCGCCGGCUGGUGGGGCGCCAGGGGCAAGACGCUGCGGGGCGGCUUCGCCAGCGCCGCCGCCCGGCUGGAGCCGUGGCGGCCCGUGGCGCGGUUCCAGUUCUACGGUGACCAUGCUGUUCUGUGUGUCAGAGUCAAGAAUGUAGCAGUAGCUGUGACAAAAGCAGCUAGACUUCACCUGUUUCAGGCACAGGAAUGGCAGAAGCUGCAGAGCAGUGUCCAAGAUCACAGCUGUACAGAGAAGUUCUCUAAAGCUCAGCUGACAAUGAAUGUGAACCACACAGAGCAAAAUCUGACAGUGUCCCAGAUUCCUUAUCCGGAAACAUGGUAUGUGUUUUAUGUAGACAAGUUUACCUGCGAGGAGAAUUAUUCUGAAUCCGAGGAUAUUCAGUUUGAAAUGGUCUUACUAAACCCAGAUGCAGAAGGGAAUCCAUUAGAUCACUUUAGCGCAGGGGAAUCUGGAUUACAUGAAUUCUUUUUCCUGCUUGUCCUAGCAUACUUCAUAACUGCUUGCAUAUAUGCCCAGUCCCUAUGGCAAACAAUUAAGAAGCGCGGACCUAUGCAUACUGUACUAAAGGUGUUGACAGUUGCAUUAUUGUUGCAGGCUGGUUCAGCUUUUGCCAACUACCUGCAUUUCUCAAGUUACUCUAAAGAUGGAAUAGGAGCACCUUUUAUGGGAAGUGUGGCAGAAUUGUGUGAUAUCGUCUCACAGAUACAAAUGCUGUAUUUAUUGUUGAGCCUGUGUAUGGGUUGGACAAUAGGCAGAAUGAAGAAAUCUCAUGGCAGACCGCUUCAGUGGGAUUCCACACCAACAUCUACUGGCAUUGCUGUAGUAGUUGUUGUUACACAGAGCUUUUUAUUAAUUUGGGAGCAGUUUGAAGAUACAAAUCAUCACAGCUACCAUUCACACCAUGGCUUAGCAAGCGGACUGCUCAUUGGCCUCAGAGUUUGCCUGGCUUUGUCGCUGGCUACUGGUCUUUACCAGAUCAUCACAGUGGAGAGAAGCACACUGAAACGGGAGUUCUAUAUCACCUUUGCCAAAGCCUGCAUUCUCUGGUUUUUGUGCCACCCAUGUCUUGCAACCAUUGCUGUAAUAUUCAGAGAAUAUCAAAGAGAAAAGAAUGAAAAAAAAUUCUGUCACAAACAGAGGGUCUUGCAUACAUCUGAGGAACUCACAAUGUACCCUAUGCCAGCUAUGCAUUAGGUGACAGCAGCAGAGAAGAGCACUCCUUCAGUGAUGCCUGCAGCCCCGGUGUGUACGUGGUGCACGUUUGUGCCUGCUGAAAGCUGCUGCAUACCCCGGGAAUUCUCUGGGAGAAUUCUCUGGGAGAGCUGUCGCAGCUGCAGGCUCCCUGCCGCCUCGGCACUGCGAGGGGCUGAAGCACGUUCCCCCUGAAGGCAGCGCUGCCGCUGCUGCCCCUGGUGAACAGCACCGCAUAGUCGAAGUCAAGUGAUGACAUCUCACUUGCGAGUUUCUGUGUAUUAUGCAGUUCUGGUUUAAAUCCAGUUGCAGUUACAGCCUAUACUAAUUCUGUCGCCUGCCUUCAUUUUGGUGCUUGGAAAAGGUAAGUGUGUAUUGACAAGUUGUAGCAAACUGAAGCUGGUUCUGCUCUGAAGAAAUCCACAUCUAACGUGCAAGACAGCAUCUCCUUGCCAACUGUCACCUUUUCCACUGGCACAGAUGCCAGUUUGCAUCAAUCAUAAUUUACUGGUUUUGGGGGGAGGAUCCUGGUUCAGGAGAAAUGAAGGUGAGAUCACCAGCUCGGUCUAUGAGACCCCCGCAAGCUGCGAGGAGGGAUCAUCUUGCAUUGCUCCCAACCAGCGAUGCGGGGGCUGGAGCAGUUCUAGGGCUCAUCACGAGUCUCCAAAACUAUUUGCUCCCCUUCUGUGUAGAAUGUGUUUAUUGUACAUGCAUUUAAAGUGCUUCAGGUAGGAAAAUGAAUAUUUACAAUUAAAUAUAUGUAAAUGGAAGUGGAAAGGCUUGAUUGGAAAAAUAUCAAGUUUUUAAUACAUAUUACUGUGCUAAGGCCUCCCACACAAGAUGAACAUUUAUAGUCGGAUCUAAUGAAUAUUCCUUUCUAUUUCCUGUGCCAAUGGAGAGCCAUGGAGUAUCAAAAUCUUUUUGUUUGCAUCUUGGUCCUCUACAAAACUGGAAGAAUAUUUUAUUUGAUUUGGCUCUGGUUUAUUCUGUGCAAUGUUAUGCCUCUAGUUGGUACAAUAAAUGUUUAUUGGGCUGGCCAAAGCUGAUGUUACACUGUACCUUUUAACUCCUUGUGUGUGACUAUGCAGUGCACAAAGAGCAGGUGCUCCUUGCAAUUGUCAAACAUGAAAAAGAGACAGUAUUAAGCUGUUUUUCAAAGGAUCGUUCUUCUCUAACCGCACUGAUACAACUAGACUGUGAUUUUCCAGUGAACAGUAGGUUCCGAUUCCAGUUUUUCAUAAACCAUUAUUUUCUGCAAAUCUUUUCCCCAUCUUGUGAAUCCCCUCACUCCCACUAUGCUGUGUCUCUGCCUUCUCUCCCCCUCCCUCAUACAUGAGAUUGAGUGUAAUGGGUGUCAUUUCUCUAUCUCUCCAUCUGUUCCCACGAUCAACACUCACAGUCCAGCCCCUACUUUGCAUCUAGUAUGCGUAUUCUCUUUAUCCUUGGUCUGUUUUGAUUUCACACUUUUCCUGUCUCUCCUUUGCCCUCUUUACCAUGUCUUUAGUCUCCAUAGCCAUGAGAGACCUGAGGGUGUGGUUUGACAGCGCAGCUAAUUUGGGCUGUUAGCUGCCCAAAAAAAUGUCCCUGUUCCCCUGGGCACCCACUGCCCUCGCUUCCCUUGGACUGGCUGUCACCUAGCAGUUUAAGUGAAGUGGAGUUGCGGAGUUAAACUGGUAGAAAACUCGGCCUUUAGUAGCAGCAGCAGAAGAAAAAACAAAUUAGUUCUCAGUGGAUUUAGCUUACCGAACCAGGUCACCAGGAUGCGAUGAGUACCGAUGGCACUGCUGGGGAUGGGGUAGAAAAGACACAUUGAAGAGAGGCAAGAUCCCCUUUAGAAGGGCAGCUGCAAGGUCAGUCAGUCUUCUGCAAGCUGUCAGCCUUGUCACUCCUCCAUCUCUCGCUUCUGUAUGUCUUCUGCUGCAUUUUGCAUGCUAAGGAUUGGCAUGUCUUUUCCCUUAACAGCUCUUUUCCAAUAGCAGCAUCAGGGUUUAUUUUCCAGUAAAUGGGAAAGUGGCUGCUGUAAAGUAUUUUAAAAUGAACAGGGCCAGUUGCACCUUUGCAGCCUUACAAAAGGGACUGGGAAGCAUCACGAGCAGCCCCCAGCUGGAGGAAGGAGUUUUGAGGGGAGAAAAGACAAGUGCCAUGAAAACAGCCGUGACUUGAGCAGGUGCCAGGUUUUUCAACAGACGGCAGCACUGUGGUAGGAGGCAACCGAGGAGGUCACACGGCUCUUCACAAAGGCUGCCUGCGGGUAGGGAGAGACUUAACCUGAACAACUGCACCCAACGAGCAAAGGUUUCCAGCAGCCAGUACUCUGGAAGGCUACUUACACCUAUCGGAUUGUUAAUCUGCUUGGAAGUGCGACUUUGUGAGGCUGUGGUAGGAUGGUGAGGAUCUGUCUCGCCUUGUGGUCAAGUGCUGAUGAGUUUGCCCAGGCUGGCGAGUGAGUUUGGCUUUUAAAGGUGCUGCAACAACAACCCCUAAAAAAAUUGAUUCAUGGAGACUGCAAAUGAGCAAUCCCAGGAAUCUCUCCUCUCUUGAUAGAGUAAUUAGAGCUGAAAGAGCAUAAGUAUGCCUUGUUAGAGUGGCUACUUUUUUUGUCGAGUUUCUGACCCUUCGAGCCUCUCUUAAAACAACAGCAUUAUUUUCAAAUCAGAUUUUAUAAAACGAACAUUGGAGUUGUUAAGAAGGGAUCAAAAUUUACAUAAGACUUCUAUUUAACCUAUUACCUAUGAAAAUUUACUUCAGGCUGAAACUUGUUUUCCAAAGUUUACAGCAUACAAAACAAAUGGUUUUUAAAAUUUCCUUACUUAUGAGUACCUUAAAUUGUGUUUUCUAAAAGGGAAAAAAAAAAAUCUUGGAACCUUACCAGUUUAAUUUGCAUUUUGGCUCUGAUGUAACUCAAAAUAGAUUAGAUUAAAAAAGGAAAUUUGGCAAGUGAUUACUCAAUUACAUGAUUUUACUGCUUUGGUAUUUUGAAAAUAAAAAUGAACAGAUCUGUUUUACUUUGAAAAGUGCCUGGUGCACGUGUGCUGUAACCACUUUUCAGAAACCAUAUGGAAGGUUCCCUACACUGCAUAUGGCAAUGCUACCCAGAGAGCUCAGAUACGUAGUCCUGCGAGAGACUACACAGAAUCCAGUCAGGUCAGGGACUUUAAUGUAUACAUUCAGAUAAUAAUGUAUCAAAACAAUGCAGGGCGAUGAGUUUGGUGUGUAGAACAUGGGAAGUUCACAGUGACAGGGCUGCAUUGCUCCUUUUUCAUAGAAAGGAACUACAAUUGCUUGGAGCUAGUGCUGGGCCAGGAAGUUAGGAGGAGUUUGGGGAAGGGAUGUAAUUGAUAUGAGAUCUAUAUUGCGUGAGAUAGGAAGGGAAGCAGUAUCAACAGAUACUUUAAAAAUAUUUCAUCAUUUAGAGCUAUGGAUAUUUGACCUUCUCUGUGCCUUCCUCAUUACCUUUGAUUCCCGUGUAGUCAUGUCUCUGACACUUCCCUGGUAGCUGCUCAUCUCUAGCCUUUAUGCCAAGGGGAGGAAGCCUUUGUUGACUCCUGGAAGACCAAGCAAGUGGUGACAAACUCCCUGGAGUAGCUUAGCAUUGAUCUUUCCCGUGGUCAGGGAUGGAGUAGUACUAUGCCUUAAACUGAGAAUCAUUGGGGUCAUCUGUUAUUUCCAUCAUGCUCUUUCCAUAAGCAAAGUAGGAGGAGGAGAGGGGGCAUCUGUCCUUCCGUCAUUGAUGCGUCCCCUUAGAGUGCCUGGGGCUGUAUUUGUGCCUUUCAGGUCUCUGAUAAAUGCAACAGUUUUGCAAGUGUACAUUCGGUGCUGUGAUCUGGUCAAUCAUCUGUCCUUCUCUAUAGAGCUGCUUUGCUUCUUGAAAGUCCUUCCACAUGUGUGUGUGCAGCUGUCCCUUCAGUGCAAAGUGCCACGAUCUGCACCUGUUUCUCCGGUGUAAAACCAGCUUGAUUGGUGGUGAUUUUGACCAAAACAACAGCAAGUUCAAAGGACAGAAACUUUACUUAGUGCCGUCCCUGCCCUGACAAGCUGUAGCUCUUCCAGUUGGUUUUAGUGGGGAUUAAGACUCUCGGAAAACUAAUUUUGGUGUAGUAAUGAUGGUGUAGACCCCAAGUCCUGACACAUGAAGAGCAGAAUAUGCCAGGGAGUUGUUAGAAAUUAAUAAAUGCCUUUUGAAAUAGUGGCAUGGAAUGGAGGUGAUUGACUACAGGAUUUCACUUGACUGUUGAGCCUGCGGAGCUUCAGCAAACCCACCCUGUCUGAGGAGGGCUCACUGCUUAGAUGUUCCUCACACAAUGCCUGUUGCAGAGGGCCAAGCGUUCUGCUGUUACAGCAGCGAGACCCUACUUCUAUCCACCUCAGACUGAAGAGUUAUGUGGCACAUGAGACUUGGUUACCCUCUAUACAUCUUGGUUUCAUCUUUCUGCCUCUACUUAGAAGUAACCGGGUUUGCCUGCUACGUACCCAAUAUUUGGCAGCCCUGUUUCUGACAAGCCUGUGAGAUAAAGCUUUGCUGUCCAAAAUAAAGCUCUUCUCAACAGCUUCUUAAUUUCCCUCAUAUCUUCACUUCUUGCCUGUGUAAAUGCAAAGUGAUGGCCUUCCAUCUCCACUGUCAUGCUGAUGUCACUGAUGACAUCAGUGUAUGAGGAUCGUUGCUGUAUCUCCUCAAGAGGAAAUCAAUAGGUUUGAUUUUCCCCUCCUUCCUACCUUUGUGGGGACACGGGAUGAGCUCAGACCCCGGCCUCCAUCCCUCUGAGGCAGCAACUUGCGUUGGCACCCUGUCAGUGGCCUGAGCCACCCCAGGACUGAUGGAUGGACAAAGCACAAAGCCCUUUCGCAACAGCAGGAGAGGAGCUGAGAGCUGCCAUCAGCCCGACGUAUUUCUGCAAGGGGGCAACUGCCGUGCGCUUACCAGAAGAGUUGACCACCUUCAAAGGAAGAAAAAAAAAAAGAGAGAAAACGAGACAGUGUUUUCUACCACUGAGUUUGUGAUGUGCAGACUGAGUUUCAAUUUCUUAUCUCUGAGGUCUGUUACCAGAGACCAAACCGUGCAGUGGCGUGUGCGUACAGGUGGCGCGUUGUCAGUGACUUCGCCGUGUCACGCGACAGCACGUGUCCUUGUCGGGGGAAGCAGCAGAUCCCGGGCUUCUGCUCUGGAGAUGAAAACGGGCCGAUAGGACCGUGGUGGGGAGAAAUCACUUCCUGGGCACCGGUCCCGGCAG